CGAGCAUUGGCAGUCUGUCUUGACUGCAUAAUCAAGGAAGACGAGCUAUGUGCAGUGUCUGGGCAGCAGCAUAAUGCUGGUUGAGCAGUACAUGUGUGGCGAGCAACUCCGGAAGCUGCUGUGCGACUGUUGACCGAGACGCGAACCAGGAGCAGACGGCGAAGGAGGGAAGCAGCAGCCAUGGCAGAGGCGGUGAUGCCGCGCAAGAGGGAGGCCGACCUCGAACAGCAGUACUCGCCCAAGACCGCGACGGUCACGCACGAUGAGCUCCACGGCAAUGGCAUGGCGAACGGCAGUCCGCUCCGCGCCGAGCAGCAGCAGCAACACGACACGAUGGUCAACGGCAAGACGCUGCCUAAAGCCCCCACCGGCCCACUGCGAAUAGAUAUCCUCCCAUCCCCCUUCACUGCGACUGCGCAACCCGGCAUCAACUUCGUGCCUCCAUCUCCCGGCGGAUUCCCUUUCACAACACCUCCCGGCGAGGCUGGGCCAGCGUCCACCACGAAAGAACUGCUCCCGAGCCCCAUCACAUACGGUCAGGCAGAAGGCAAUGGCAGCGCGGCAGGGAAACGUAAAGUGGUGGCAGAAUCAGCGACACCACCAGAAAGACGUAGUGUGUCAUUCGCGCGACCGAACAAUGAGGAGGGCGCUGCGGCGGUGAGCAAGAGCUCCACUUGGGAGACAGAUGGCGAAGAUGGAGAACAUGGCGGGAAAGGGAGGCAGAACUCACUCUUUCUCAAACUGAAGUCUCUGGCAAACCCCUCCUCGGUACACCAACGAACACCCACGACAGGCAGUGGCACUGGUUUCAAUACCCCAAACGCACUGUCUCCCCAGUCGGAGCGCAGUGAGCCCAUGUAUCCUGUGCCGGUGGAAGAGGCAGAGACAACUGAUGCUGAUGCCGACGAGGAGACGGACGAUACUGAGCGACCGCAGGGUAGCCGUCCGCGGCAUAAGAGAAGACGGAAGAGGCCAUCUGCAGUCGGAGCGGAGUCUGCGCCGACAACACCCAGAACCUCUCGAUUCGCCUCAUUUGUGCGAGAACACAUUCGUGACAGCUCCACAAAUGCUGCAGGCGUGUCACGCAGGGGCACGUUGACGGAUGUCGAAGAUGUUGGCGAGGACAAUGAGGAAGACAACAGAGCUGGCGUGUCGGAGGACGAGGGCAGAGAUCGGAUACGGAGUGCAUGGAGGCGAGGCAUCGAGGGUGCGCGAGGGCUGAGCUACGCUGCUCGCAAAGAUCGCGAUGGGGAGGUCCCAGAGAGCAGCAAGAAACCUGGCAAUCUGCGCCGCCUGACUGGUUUUGGCGCUGGAGGGCUGGAUGGGACGAGUACACCCUUCAGACAGCGCGCUGACCGGCAUAACAGCACAAGUGCUCAGAAAUGGCGGCAAGUCAAAGCUGGGCUGCGCAUGCUGGGACAACGCAAGAGGGACGAGCGUGCCAAAGUCGAUCACCAAAAGUCGGCGCAAUUGAUGGCAGAGCUAAUAGCAGGAGCACCCGCUGCACUGAUAUUCGCCAGCAUGUUCCAGCGCGAUGAGCACCAACAUCGGAAAGUGCCGGUUCUACUUGAACAGCUCAAGAUCAGCAUUCCUGAAGUGCAGAGCCGUACUGACAAGAAAGGAGAUCGAGACUUCAUCUACCGCGUUGAUCUCGAGUACGGAAGUGGCACAGCACGAAUGAAGUGGACAAUCUACCGCUCUGUGAACGACUUCGUCAACCUACACGUCAAGUACAAGAGCCAAAUUGCAACUGACAAGAUUGUCCAUCUUAGUCGUGCUGACAACAAGCUUGCGAAGAUGCCGCGUUUCCCAAAGAGUGUGAUCCCAUACGCCCGCGGCAUGCGUGGACUUUUUGAGAAGAUCGAGGAUGAACCGGAGGACGAUCACGAUGGUCACACUCCGGAUACCCCCCGCCCAAUGCAGUCGCCACGUGAAGAAAGCAUCGAGCAGGCUGCCGCGGCAUCUGGAGCGAAGUCGAAGGCUAAGGGCCAUAAACGAAGACAAUCCUCAUUCGCCCUUGCACCGCCUAGGAGAACCAGCACGAGCGAGAUCGGGAAUACUUCCGCGGAUCCGGACACUCUGAAUGCUAAGCACAGACAGAUCUAUGCAGAGAGAUCACGACAGAAGUUAGAAACCUACCUGCAGCAGAUGAUCAGAUGGCUCAUCUUCAGACCCGAUAGCACACGAUUGUGCAAAUUCCUGGAACUCUCGGCCAUGGCCAUUCGACUUGCUGCAGAGAAUGGCUAUCAAGGAAAGCAAGGUUUGCUUCAGAUCGCAUCGAGACGCCAUCGCGACUUCCACCGCAAGACUAUACAGACGCUAGGGCCGCAAGCGCUCAAGGAGCGACAUAAGCGGAGGUGGUUCUUGGUACGACACAGCUAUAUUGUUUGUGUCGACGGACCAGAAUCCCUCGUCCCGUACGAUGUCUUCCUCGUGGAUUCUGAUUUCGCCAUGGACAAUCAACGGCAGCGAAUUCUUGACCAGAAGACUCCGCAGCAGAUGGCAAAGGUUGCCCAGGAGAAUGCGACACCCACGACCAAGGCGCAUCUCAUUCAACUCUACAAUUCGGAGCGCAAAUUCAAACUCUACGCAAGGAAUGAGAAGCAGUAUCUACAGUUCCGAGAGUCGCUCAGCCAUAUGAUGGAGCAGACGCCAUGGUCGAAGAAGCAGCGUUUCGCCAGUUUCGCACCAGUGCGAAGCAACGUGUGGGCUCGCUGGCUUGUCGACGGCAGAGACCACAUGUGGCAAGUCUCUCGCGCAAUAGACAAUGCAAAGGACUUUAUCUACAUUCACGACUGGUGGUUAAGUCCCGAGCUCUACUUGCGAAGACCGGCAGCGAUCAGCCAGAAGUGGCGCCUGGAUCGACUACUUCAACGCAAGGCGCAGGAGGGUGUCAAGAUAUUCGUCAUUGUCUAUCGCAACAUCGAAUCUGCCAUUCCCAUCGACUCGGAAUAUACGAAAUGGAGCCUGCUCGACUUGCACCCAAACAUUUGUGUUCAACGCUCACCGCAUCAGUUCAGACAGAAUCAAUUCUUUUGGGCUCACCACGAGAAAUUGGUCGUUGUCGACAACAUGAUGGCUUUCGUUGGUGGUGUUGACCUAUGUUUUGGGCGAUGGGAUGAUCCAUGUCACUCAUUGACAGACGACAAGCUCACUGGCUUCGAGAUCGACCACGACUUGCCCCGAGACUCGGAACAUUGCCAGGUUUGGCCGGGUAAGGACUACUCAAACCCGAGAGUACAGGACUUUUACAACCUGGAUCGGCCGUAUGAGGAGAUGUAUGACCGAACGAAGGUGCCUCGUAUGCCAUGGCAUGAUAUCGCUAUGCAGCUUGUUGGACAACCCGCGCGGGAUGUCGGCCGUCAUUUCGUGCAACGAUGGAACUUUGUCCUGCGUUCGCGUGUCGCCACGAGACCGACGCCUGUUCUUAUUCCGCCUCCUGAGUUUGAUCAGGAAGAGUUGGAGCAUUUGGGAAUGACUGGUACAUGUCAGGUCCAAAUUCUACGAUCCUGCGGUCCCUGGUCCAUCGGCACACCAGGCAAAGUCGAACACAGCAUCAUGAACGCCUACUGCUCUCUGAUUAAGAACUCAGAUCACUUUGUCUACGUCGAGAACCAGUUCUUCAUCACAAGUUGCAAGGUGGAGGCCACUGUGAUUCACAACAAGAUAGGCGAUGCACUCGUCGAGCGUGCCAUUCGCGCUCACCAGAAUGGCGAGAAAUGGCUGGCGUGUCUGGUCAUUCCAUUGAUGCCAGGCUUUCAAAACAGCGUGGAUGCCCAGGACGGCACUAGUGUGCGUUUGAUUAUGCAAUGUCAGUUUAGAAGCAUCUGUCGUGGCGAGACAUCCAUUUUCGGCCGACUCCGCGCUGCUGGCAUCGAUCCCGAAGAUUACAUCCGCUUUUACUCGCUUCGACAAUGGGGUAAGAUUGGUCCGCGGAAAUGUCUGACCACAGAGCAGCUAUACAUCCACGCCAAGUGCAUGAUUGUAGACGACCGUUCGGUCAUCAUUGGCUCUGCGAACAUCAACGAGCGGUCCAUGCUUGGCAAUCGAGACUCGGAAGUGGCAUCCAUCGUCACUGACGCCCGCAUGAUACAAAGCACAAUGGCUGGACAGCCUUACGAAGUGGGAGAAUUUGCUCACACUUUACGAAAGCGGCUGAUGCGCGAGCACCUGGGCAUUGAUGUGGACGCCGUCUAUCGACGAGAACAGGCUGCUGCACACAGGGAAGAACAAGAUGCCGAGAUGGAAAGAAUCUACCGAGACGAUUUUGCCACUCCGGCGAGCGAGAUGAUGCACUUUGAGACACCGCCUCAGACUCCUCCGGCCCACGCCAUUCACCCGCAAAGCCUUGAACAGACAUUGGGGGGCUUCGCAGGAGAGAGCGCAUUUGCGCCUGUCAACCGCGUGGAUGGCUCGGUAUCUGCAUCUGAUAACUCCAGCGACGUGGUUAAGGACCCAACUGGCAGGAAAGGACCAGAGCGCGAUCUUGACGUUGAUGGACUCGGCUUUGACAACAUGAAGAGGCUGGUGGACGCGGGUGACUACGCAUACAGAGACACUUAUGUGGACUCAUAUGGCCGAGAAGUUCUCAUCAAGAAGGAUGCACCAGGAGUUGAGCGCAUCAGAACCGAAGAGGAUGAAGAACGACAGCGCCAGCGGGACAGAAGCAGAGAGCGCAAGGAGCGACUUCCUGCUAGACCGCCCUGGCCAAUGCAGCGCACAGAGACUGUGCCGCUCGGACUACUGCCUAGAUCUCAGUUACCGGAGCUGCCAGCCCUUGAUGACACGGAUAUUGGCGGCCCUCCACUCAGGCGCGAUACCUCGCAGACUUCCGGUGCCAAGAAGUUGUCCAACCACUUGGCCAAUACGAUCCGACAGCCGGAGAUCACCGAAGACUGCAUGACCGAUCCACUGUCCCCUGAAUUCUAUCAAGAGAUUUGGCACAAGUUAGCAGACAACAAUACCAAGAUCUACCGACAGGUUUUCAGGUGCAUGCCUGACUCUGAGGUUCUGGACUGGAAGGCAUACGAAAAAUUCAAUGCCUACAACGAAGCCUUCAUGCAGUCGCAAGGUCUCGGGUCUAGCAAGCCGCCGCGUAAAGAAGGCGCGCCGAAUAAGUCUGGCCCUCCUGGCGCGGGCGGCGCGGCCGUCGAUGCUAUUGAGCCUACAAUAAGCAAGAGCAGCAGUGGAUUGAGCGCAUUCGUGAAUAAACUGCGUCCUGGUAGUAAGAGCACCGACAGCACCUCGCAUACCGACGAAGCGAAUGAGAAGACUCGCACUCGAGCAUCGCCCGGUUCGCCAGGAUCCAUGAUCUCCAGCGUGCCGACUGCAGUGCCCUCGCCGAACCCAAGGCCUCUGGACGAGAAAGAUGCGAUGAAGAACGACGAACCGUCCGAACCACGGGAGGAGGUCGAAACUGAAGUUAGCAACACUUUGGAGGUUCCGGAUCAGACGUCCAACUUCGAUUCUGAGAAAGCUGCGGCGCAGGCCGAUGAACCGAUUAGCCGACAGCGGACUGUACAAUAUGUCGACAGAGAGAAACUGAACGAGACUUCGGAGACGACUGCGACACAAUCCCAGACGAGCGCACAGGCCAAUGCGCUGCAACACAGUGCUUCGAGAAAGGGACGGAAGCGAGGCGCUACGAAGAGCAGUGGCAGAGCCAUUCCGGAAGAAGUCUUGGGUAGGGAGGAGGCUGAGGAGUUGCUGAAUAUCAUUCAGGGCCAUCUCGUUCUCUGGCCAUACGACUGGUUGGAGAAGGAAGAACGUGGUGGCAAUUGGCUGUACAACAUCGACCAGCUGGCUCCGCUGGAAAUCUACGAUUGAGCUGAGCUCUCGUCUGUCUUUGCUCUCCCCUUUGCAUAUGGCUGGUUUCAGGAGUUUGUUUAUUUUUUGAUGGGUUUCGAAGCAUGGUCGGGCUUUUUUACUUGGCCUUACACUGGAGCUGACUUUUCUAAACACCACGGGCGCAUCAAAUUGCAUUCUGUCUCGGCGCUCUUGCAUUUGUGAAGAUUGAUAGCAUUGCGGUGGGCGUCUUGGAUUGGAAAUGUGGACUUUGUUUUUUUGCUUGCAUCGAAUGUGUACAGAGGUGAUCACUUACUGGGGAGGAGGAGCAUAAUAGUGUAUACAAUGGCAAAUUACAAGUGUCGGAAUAUCCUAUGCGG